GGUCACCAUCCAUUUAACGGCAUCGAUAACAUGUCGAUUUAUUUUCUUUGUUUUGCAUAAGAGGUAUUGCACAGAGGUAUUGCAUAAUAGUAGUGAAAUUAAAUUAUUAAUGUGUGAUUAAUUUAAACCUCUUAGUUACGUGCUUUAAUUAACAAAUUUCUCAUUAAGAAUGAAUAGCACUAUGUUUACUCCUGAUUACAGUCACCUAACUGGAUUGCUGCAGCAAUUAAAUGAUGAGGAGUUGAAAGAACUUUUACAAAAUGAGGGAAAGUUAAAAAAUCUUGUGAAUGACCUGAAACAGGUACAGGACCUUGAAGCUGAAAAAGAAAUGCUGCUUGCUAGUACUAAAAGUAUUUCUGAGUACAAUUUGUCCAGGAAACCUAUUCUUGAUCAGCAUCGUCUGCAAGUUGUAGAAACACAUGAAAUUGCCCUGGAUUUGAAAAAUAGUUUCCUAGAAAAGAAAAAAAAGAUAGAAAAUUCUGAAAAAGCAGUAUCAAAGGAUACACUUUUAGCUUUGUUAGAAGCUGCAACUUCAGAAAUAGAUGAAGAGGCAGAGGCUGCUGUCGAGUUUUUUCUAAAAAACGAGAUUUCCGUAGAAGACUUCCUCGAAAAGUAUCUGGAAUUACGGAAACAUGCUCAUCUUCGCAGAAUCAAAACUGAUAAAUUGGCAAACAUCAUUAGAGGAGAUGAAAGACAGAACAUUUCUCCCCCUAUUCGGCCGCAGAAGACAAGAACUGCGCCAUCACCACCCCUUCCUUAUCCUAAUGCUAACACUCAAAGUAAUUCACCAUAUGGUCCAGUCAGAACAGCUCCUCCUGUUCCUUCAAGACCAUACCAAUAUCCUGGUAAUGUUUAUCCACCUCAACCAACAGCUCAACCAUACCAGCCUUUCAGUUAUAUGCCUUCCCCAUACCCUGGUUACUCUAAUCCACCCCCUGCAAACUUAUAUUCUCAGUACAAAUAAAUGUUCCAUGUAAGCCUUAUAUUUACUUCUUGUUAUGAUUAUCAGUAUUACUAUUUUUCAAUGUGUGUCUAAUGUGAUAAUGUUUUUAAAUGACUAUUUGUUCUGGUUUUAAGAGUGUCUGGACUGAAUAAGAAUUAAAAUGAAGAAGUCCCUACUAGCAUCUGUGCCUGAAUGAAACUACAUAUUGCAAAGCUAAGCACUAUUUUUCGAACACAUGUUAAGUACUUUAUUAAUGUAUUAACUUAUUAUAAUUUCAACUUUUUUAUUUUAUUUAUAAUUUUUUUUUAUGCUCAGUAAUUGUGAUAGUGAUAAGAAAAAAUUUUAAACAAUUAAAUAUGGCUAGGAGAAUUAAAAAUAAUAAGCCACCUUUGUUUUUUAAAUUCUUAUUUAUAUAACAUUUAGGUCUUGGCAACAAUAAUUGGUUCACCCCUUUAGGAAUUUUGGACAAACUUUAAGAGGAUCCUUGAUAGUAAGAUUCAAAUUAUGCUUACUGCUUUUACUUCUCAUUAAUUUUUUUUUGUUUUUUGCAUAUAUUUUGCAUGAGUGUGAUGAAAAAGGAUUGCUUUUUUAUCAAGAAAGAGUGCACAUUAAUUGCCUUCAACUGGAGUUUAUUAUCUUGCUGAAGAGAUCAAAAGAAAAUGGAUCAUGCAUUUCAAAAAUUUAAGUAAAAAAGCUAUCAGUCAUUAAAAAAAUUGAUUGAAGUUCUUUUCUUUUUUUUUAUCUUGAGAAAAUUUUUUAAAACUAAUGAAGUAAUUUUCAAUUUUUGAAUAUUUGUAUGAUCUCAAUCAGUCUUGGUUUAAUAGAUUGAGAAAUGUUUAAAAAAAUGUAUAAAUGCUUUCAAUUAGGCUUUUUUUUUUUCAUAUUGAAAUUGUGUACCAUUUUCACAAUCAGCAUUUAAAAAAACCUUUUUAGAAAUAGACCAAGCUUUACCUACCAGUUUCGAAUAGCUAUUGCGUAUUAUAUUACAUUAUUUGAUAAUAAUUUAUCUAAUCAAAUAAUGUAUUUAUAUAAUUACAUUAUUUCAUGAAAAGUAAUUUGUGACUUAGAGACUUUAAAACACAUUUCUUAACAUUGUGCAGUACAUUGCUGUUUAUACUUAUUUGAGUCAUGUGCUAGUACAGAAACUACUUAUCUAUUGUUUGACUAAAGUUAUUUGUCUAGUUUUUAACUAUCGUAAGACAUUUAUCGGGUGCUAUCUAUCGGAUAUGGAUGCUAUCAAGUUCUGUGUCUUGGUUAGCUUAUAGUGGACUGUUGUUACAAAUAGAAACAAGAGUCAUUUUAAAGUAAAGAACUGCAAAGAAUUUUCCAAAAUUCUACCUCCAUGUCAUUCAUUAUCUUUUCCAAAUUUGCGCAACUACUGUUUGUGUGAAAUGAAAUUAACAAUCCUUACUUGCUUUUAAACUACACAUGAAUGAACUUGACCUCCCUCACAACACAUCUUCAAACUUUCUGAUCCUUAUCUUUCUUUUUAUAAUUAACAAUCCUGCCUAGUUAUUUUACUUAUUGUACAAAAAAGCCUCAACCCAUUGCUACUUUGUGUUCAUCUGUGAAAAUUUGACGAACUAACCUGGCACACUUUAGCCCAAAUCACCAUUAACUAUUUUAUAAUGAACUCUUUUUGAAAUUUAACAGAAAAAAAUUUUAUUUGCCUGAUUUCAUUUCGAGUUUUAUCUGCUGUUAAAAACUUACUUUCUAACUCAAAUUACAUUUAUCACAUUCCCAUAGGAAGCAAAUCAGUUAUCUAUGAGUAAAUUUUCUGACUUCUAAUUUCCCUCUAAAGCUUGCUAUAAGUUUUGGAUUGUAAAUUUUAUAAAUGUGGAAAGAAAAAAAACAUCUGAAUAAUUUUUAACUUAAGCAUGUACUAAUAUACAAUCUUUAUGGUUUAAGACAGCUGCCAAAUUUAUAGAUAUAUGCAGACCAUAUUUAAGUUACAAAAUUAGUACUUUCUCUGAAUAAACUUUACUUUUUUUUCCCCAUAGACUUGAAUUUCUUGAACCUCAUACGUGGAUAAUAUUAAAAAAUCAAAAAAACAUCUUUUAACGAUCAAUAAUAAAUUACUUCUCUAUUUCUAUUUAAAAUUAUUAUUUAACAUAAAAAAAACACUUCAAGUUCAUUUUAUGAUCAUAAAUUUAAAAUAUCGCAUACCAUUUAUAGUGUCAUAAAGUCUUGUAUUUUGAUAACAACAAAAAUCCCUAAAAUUCCCUAUGUGUAAAAUAUUUAGUAUAUUAUGCAACAGGUGUCAUGAAAUGUUUAUUAUUUCGUAAAAUCUACUGGAUUUUUCCUUGUGUAUGUUGACAGCUAUGGUGGAUAUGCUGAGUGUCAAGAAUCUAAAUCUAUUGAAAAAAAAGUCUUAAAAUAUCUUCUUCUCAGAUUGAUUUAAAAUCGGAUUCUUUUGAUCGCUUCUUAGUUUGGGAUAAUUAGACCAAAGGUUAUUUAAGCCAUUCUGUUUUUUAUUUAACUCUCUUAACUAAAUAGAUUCUUCCUUUUUGAUGUCAGACUAGCGUGAUUGAUCAGGUAGGGUAAUGACAUUGAGGUUAGAGUAGCGAUAAAAUUGCUAUGCUCUUCAAAACAAAAUGUUUUUUUUUUUUACUUUUUAAAAUGACUCUUGUUGUACAGUUAUUUUUGUAUUGAACAAAGUAAUUAAUGUAUGUAGCCUUUCAACUAAUCCUGUUUAUUGUUCUGUUAGGUUUUUUAAAAUUUUUAUACUAUGAGCUGCCGAAAAUUUCCUGUGCUUUUUUUUUACUUACAUGGUGAUAUAAACCUUUUCUAGACGGAAGUGUGUUUAAAAAUUAUUAAUGUGUGUGUGUGUUUUUUUUUACGCAAGUUUUGAUCCUUUUAUUUUUAAAUUCAUAGUUUUAAAUGCUUAAGAAGGUAUCUUAAUUGCUUUAUAAUUUUUUUUUUUUACUUGUUCUCAUUGAUAUUAUACUCUUACAUAUUAAACUGCUGCAAUAUUUAAAUGGUAUAUAUAUAUAUUAAAGGGAGAGCGAGGUAUAAUGGCUCAAUUAUCACUUAGUUGCCAUUGUUAAAGAUUGGGCUGUCCUGGGCGCAAUGACCAUUGGUCAGGAAAUUGUGGAGUCUUAAUCCCCACGAAACCUUCUGGUCCAUAGCAACUGUUGUGAAAAUGCUUUGCUUUAUAUGUACAUUCCUUUUCCUAACAUAAGUGUUUUUUCUCCCUAUCUCUUAAUUAGUGGUAAAAAAUAUUAAAAUUGUUUGACUUUUAAUGUUCGCAAAUAUUUAUUUCUUCUCAAUGCUAUUUUUUUCCAUUUUUUCUCAGCAUUAUUGACUUGGCCAAAUGAAUGUAUGUAUAAAUCCUCAAAUUUGAGAAGAGAACUAAAAUGUUUCACAAUAAAAAUAGUUUUACAUUCCUUACAUGCAAUUUUUUAUUUCAUGCGGAUAGUUACAAAUUUAAAAUUCUUGUUUAUUUAUUUACUUAAUAUUUCUUAAAGCCCAGACAAAUUUUUGUACAUAAUGUACUAUCUAUGCUCUUUUGUCUAUAUUUUGCAAAUUACAUAUUUGUACUCAAUUUUUUAUUAACCCAGUGAUUUAUUUAUUCCAUAAAAACAAUUGGAAAAAAAUUGAAUUCAAAAGUUUGAAAAAUUAGUACACACAAUAAACACUUUUUUUUAAAACAUUUCUUAGUUUUUUAUGUUAUCCUCUAACUUGUGUGAUAAAACAUAUGAUAUAUUUUUUUUAAAAUCUUCAUUAAAUUUAUCUAAUGUAUAAUAAUGAAAAUCUAUAUCAAAAUUUUUUAAAAGGAAAAAAAAAUAGAUACUUAGAGUUUAACUUGCCAAUUCAUGACUAUAUUUUGUAACUAGUUUCUGGUAUACAAUAAUAAUUUUUUAAAGCACUAUUUUUGACUAUCUUUCACUGAUAUGUAGUAAAAAUAUAUCUAAAAUAAAGAUCGAUUAGAAAAUAUUCAGAAGUUAAUAAAGAAUGAACUAAACUCAAAAAUUGGUACAACACUGUUCAUAUGUUUCUUCAUUUGAAAAAAUAUAUUAUAAAAAAAAUGCUAAAUUUCAUUUUUGUUAUGUGCGAUGUUUGACUCACAAUAUAUCGAGUAUACAUACUUGUACCUUUAUUUUUUUACUUAUAGGUAUACAAUUUCCAAAGUUUUUUUUUGUGUGUCAAUGUUUAACUUAAUUAACUAUUUUAUAAAUAGAGCUUAACAAGUUUUCCAUUAAGAAUUUUAUGUAGAAAUAUUACGAAAAUAUAAAUCAAAAAUCAAUGUUAAUUAGCUAUUUAGUGUAGUUACACUGAUAUAUUACAUAAAAAUGUGCCAUUGUGCCUUUUGUGUGUCAUUUUAUAGCCUAUAUCCCAUUUAAUUAAAGGCUUAUUUAAUGUAUUUUUAUAGUUACUAUUUACUAUUGGAUUGUAAAAUAAAUAAAUAUUGUUGCAAAAAAA